AUGUUUCGCGAUGUUGGAGAGGAGUUCAUCGAUCGGUCAAACGAGUUGGAUGAAUUAUUGAAGGAUUCAAAAUUACCUUUAUGGCUGGGUUGUAGUAAAUAUACCCGAUUAUCUGCUGUAUUAAAAUUAUUCAACUUGAAAGCUGCGAAUGGGUGGAGUGACAAGAGCUUUACUGCGUUACUUGAGAUAUUAAAGGGAAUGCUUCCAGAUGAUAAUGAACUGCCGAAGAGUACAUAUGAUGCCAAGAAGAUUUUGUGUCCCAUGGGUAUGGGAUAUAAAAAGAUACAUGUUUGCCCUAACGAUUGCAUAUUGUUUAGGAAUGAUUACAAAGAUUUGCAUGCAUGUCCAAUAUGUGGGGCAUCUCGUUUCAAAACAAGAGAGAAUGCUGCUGGGAAAGUAAGUUUGAAAAGUCCACCAGCUAAAGUUAUGUGGUAUCUUCCAAUUCUCUCAAGAUUUAAGCGUAUGUUUGCUAAUCCAAGCGACGCGAAAAACUUAACAUGGCAUGCAGAUCAAAAAAUUUCUGAUGGCAAGCUUCGACACCCGGCUGAUUCUCGUCAAUGGACAACAUUUGAUAAUGCAUUUCCUGAAUUUGGUCACGAGCCGAGAAAUCUUAGGCUUGGACUUUGUACUGAUGGAAAUGAUAUAGAUGUCUUUUUGGCGCCUUUGGUUGAAGACUUGAAAAGUUUGUGGGAUGAAGCUUAUGGAAACCUAUCUAGAUAUAGUGUCAAAGGACAUAAGGCAUGCCCCAUAUGUGAAGAUAAUACAUGUUAUCAUCAACUUGUUCAUGGCAGAAAGACAGUCUACAUGGGGCAUCGAAGAUUUCUAGAUAAAUUUCACCCUUAUCGAAGAUUAAAAAAAGCUUUCAAUGGGGUACAAGACUAUACAAAUGCUCCACAACCAUUAACUAGGAUUCAAGUUUAUGAACGCGUAGACUGUAUCAAUGUUACUUUUGACAGUAUUGAUGUGAUGCAUGUUGAGAAAAAUGUGUGUGAUAGUCUUGUUGGAACUCUUUUAGACAUAAAAGGUAAGACUAAAGAUGGUCUCAAUGCUAGAUUGGACUUGAUUGAAAUGGGAUCAUUCGUUGCGUCAGGAAGACAAUAUAUACUAUCUGCUGCGCUAGGUACUGAUGAGCAUCCUGGCCGUGUUAGAGGCAUGGGAAGAGGAUAUGGCAUAAAAAGUGUAUUUGGUAAUGCAAAACGUACUCCUCACACGCCUACAGAAGACGUUAAACGAAUGGUUGACUCUGUUGUUGCUGCUGUUGAAGCACGAUUUGAAGAACGAUUUGAAGCACGAGUUGAAGAACGAUUAGAAGCACGAGUUCAGAACGAUUAG